ACAUGACACAACGCCUACCCUGAACCAAAAUUAGCCGCCGUCGGGAAAGGCACCUGUGACGCCUUCGGAAAACGCAUGCAGGCUUACCGUCCAGUCCCAGGUGUCAUAAGUCCUGUCGCACAGACCUCGUUGAGGUGUUUGCUGACAAAAUCUGUGGGUUUGUAAGCUCUUUGACCAAUGAGACUCUCGGAUUGCAUUCUAUUCCAUGUUGCGAUCGAUCCAGGACGACAUGUGCAAGGCGUGGUGAGUAAAAUUCUGAUGACUUGAGCAGUUUGACGAUGGGACUGGUGAUGCUUGGCGGGGUCAUAGGACAUCUGGGGUAGGGUGGGUAGGUGGUAUAAAGAGACGGGUAGGUAGCGCAGUGCAAUGGGCAUCAAACAGCAAAGCAUUCAGUCGAUCAAUACCACUACAAUCAACUUCGACAAUCCAAACCACCAAACCAACACAACUUCACAAUGCCAUCAAUCCUCUCCUCCGUUGCGGCUCACGCAAAGGCCCACCACGAGAGCAUGAACGCCGCAUGCGAGAUCUACUACUCUCACCCAUCCACUGAGACAUCGCGCAACAACUCCAUCACCUCGCCAGCGCAGAAGAAGAACCCCACCAACGCAGCAAAGGCAUGGCAAGCCAUCAAAAAGCACCACCAAGAAAUGAACGAGGCCUACACCGUCUUCUACUCGCCCGGCGUAUCAACAGCCUCAUCUCGCUCCAACUCUGCCGCGCAUUCGCCACGCGAAAGCGUAGAGCAGGAAAGGCACGAGGAGGAAGCCCUUGCGCCCAAGAACUACCAGAAAAUCUGGAAGGCGCUGAAGACCAAGGCCAUUGAGCACCACCGGAGCGUCAACUCGGCCUACGAGACCAUGUACGGGUUUUAAGCAUUGAAUGAAGGGGGUAAAUGACAGGGAGAGCCACGACCACAGGCGGUGACUCGAGAGAAAGCAAAAGUUUUUUGAAGCAUUCCGCUAUAUACCAUUUGUUUUGGCGGUACAGGGCAUAAGGCGUUUUUUGGAUCCGGGAAUCUCGUGUGUAUACCACGAUUGAUACGAUGGAUAUAAUGCCCAGUAGUUAAUGUAAUGAUCAUUCCUUGAAAUAUGUUUUCGAUGACGCCUUGGUGAAUGCACAGUUAGUGAUAGCAUGGGAUAACCUAAUUAGUAUUAGUAGGCUCUACGCUUUCGAAUGUUACUUGCGAACUUACCAAAGUUAUUCUAGCCCUAAGAUGUGCCGAGAGAUUCCAUGUCAUCAUCUGUGAAGUCCC